AUGCAAAUCUACAGCGAUGUAGACCCUUACGACGUGCCCGAGCCGUUCAGGGCGUGCGAGAGCAUUUUUCGCGUCAAGGAUUUUCAGUAUGUAGAAUGUAUACCAAAUAUUACUACUCAUGAUACGCCUUGCGAAUUAUUGAAGGAGCUUCAUCGAGCCAAAGAUUUUCGAAAGUACUUCCUCGCCAUAUUGCCUAUAAUUUUCUCAAUAAUUGCAUUAAUAUUAAAUGCAUCCUAUUUAACGAUUCACUUUUUAGUAUUUCGACAAGAGAAAUAUUCAUAUCGAAAACGGGCCCUAUUCCUGCUGUCACGAGCGAUCUCAUCUGUCACCGCGUUAAUACUCUUUUACGUCGUUUUAAUCGUCUGGAAAUCCCAUGGUUUCAUCUACAGCUCUGUCACAAUAUUUAUCAUGGUUGGGUCGUUGGAGUUUUUGUCGAUAACAGGGACCUAUGUGGUUUUAACGCUAUUGUUAUACACCGCCAUUACCCGGCCGUUUAUCUAUAAAACGCAGAUUAGAAUGCGGCACUGUAUUGCCGGGGUUAUCACAAUUUGGACCGUUUCGGUUGCUGCUUCGAUUUGCAUUGGUAUCUGGGGUGCUACGUUAUUCUAUCCAGAAUCUGCCGCCGUCAGCUGUUCAUUUGACUACUGUCAAAAACCGCUAGCUAUCGUUGUCCUGAUCCUGUUAAUAUUUUCCUAUACUACGGUACUGGUGCUAUAUUUCUUUUUAAUAUUACGUUUAAAACGACGUUCUUCAGCUGCGCAUUUACAGCGAUCCGCCUCGACCGGAAGCCAAAAAUCCAGUUUACGGGCCCUAAAUAGACUCGGCAUGAACGUGGGGACGUUUGCGCUUGGCAACGUGCCCAUUGUGAUAAUUCUCCUAGUUGCCGUAAUCAACCUAGAAAAACUAUCAUCAUUAGGUGAGGGCAAAAAGAGUCACUGUAAAACCUACCUAAAUUCAAAGCUAUUUGUUGAGGUUGAGAUCCUGGCCAGUUGCGCGGCUAUAAUUUGGCUUUUCGCGAUGAUCCUGGACCCGGUGAUCAACGUAAUUUCCGACCCAAAAAUGCUGGCCCUGCUAAUAAGGGGCUUCAAGUACGUCAGAAGGAGGGUUUUGCGGAGGGAAAACGAGGAGAAGGAUGACGUCAAGCAGGCCGAGAAUAGCAGCCAG